CAUGACUAACGAAUGCCUUUUUUUUCUUGAUUAUGUACGGACAGGAGCUUGUGGCAUGGCUCAACAGUCUUCUACAGCUCGAUAUGACCAAAGUCGAGCAGUGUGGCACUGGGUACACAAAAAACCACCAUCGCGAACCUUUGCAUAAUUUCUUUUCGCUACCCCUCCCCCACCACAAUAGCCUCGCAGGCACACAGGCACACGAGUAUUUCGUGUCACCAACUAAGUACCAAUACGUAGCUCGGCUGUUAAAACAAAGCUAGCAAGCUUUAGCCGCCGCCAGACACACAUAGGCGAAUUCACCGCCUCAUCAAACUAGGGCUUAUAGACAAUAUGCACCAAUCACUCUUAGGACUGUAGGUCGGGUCCUAACCUGGGGUCUUUGGGGGAUUUGGGGGGCGUUUAGAUCUCGAAACCAAACACACCGCAG